UACACAAUACAUAGCUUACAUGCCGAACCCGAAUUGCCUGAAUGUGAUAUGUGAUCAGUUUGCGCUGCGUCCAUUGUCGCACAGUUGAUGAGUUAUUAUAAUCAUGACGUCAACCUCCAAUAUACGACACCAAGGUUCAUUUACAAGAUGUUAUCAUAGGUACCUCUGCAUUUGAUAUUUAUACAACCAGCCAAGUUCUGAGAUAUUGACUUGUUCUGAACUCUGUCUCAACCUCGUACAUCACCACUAGAGAGCCCUUUGCCAUCGUCUGCGUUUCGGGCAUCCCCUUAUUGGGACUCGAACAAAGAUCUUACUCGUAUACAUCAUACUCGGUGUUCUCUCAAGUGACACUCGAUUAUACUAUAACCACCGCUAAAGUCGUAAACUUUCUAAUAUGAACUUUUUUAACCGCCGCCGUGCCGAUGCCGAUGGGCCGACCAAUGGACAUACUAACGGACACCGAGAUGGACAUGUCCACGAUACUCUGGGCUAUCCUAUGGCCGUCCGUCCCAGUUUUGGCCAGUGGCUCAAAGUCACAUGGCUCGAUAUUAUUACUAUGGUCUGCAUGGGAGCAAUAGGGCUUGGUGUGUACGAGGCUAAACCUGCUCCGACUCGAUCAUUUGCAGUAACAUUCUCUGACGGCGAGGUCGUCUAUCCGGAAUUCGCAUAUCCGCUGCGUAAGGAGAUUAUUCCCAUCUGGCUGGCAGCAUUCCUUGCGGCUGUCGUCCCAAUCGUCGUUAUUCUGUUUAUACAAAUCCGGGUGCGGUCGUUCUGGGAUGUAAACAACGGAAUUAUCGGGCUUCUAUACUCGCUUAUCACUGCCGCCGUCUUCCAGGUCUUUCUGAAAUGGCUCAUUGGCGGAUUGCGCCCGCAUUUCCUUGACGUGUGCAAGCCUGAUGUAGCACGGGCCAGUAACGCCCCUGGUGUCAAGGGCGCAGGCUACAAUGCGGCCGGCUUCUCGGGUAUUUACUACACUACGGAGAUCUGCACAGGCGACGAGAGUCUGAUCGACGACUCUCUAGAGUCAUUCCCCUCGGGCCACAGCACAGCUGCUUUCGCAGGCUUCGUAUAUCUAUCCCUUUACCUCAACGCUAAACUUAAGGUGUUCUCAAACUACCACCCUGCGAUGUGGAAGCUAGUGGCGAUCUAUGCGCCGGUGCUAGGCGCAACACUUAUUGCUGGGGCACUGACCAUCGACGAGUUCCACAACUGGUACGACGUGGUAGCGGGCGGUAUCAUUGGUACCGUUAUGGCCUUCUCUGCAUACCGUAUGUGCUACGCUGCUAUUUGGGAUUGGCGCUGGAACCACGUUCCCCUCCACCGCGGCCAGCCUUGCCUUUACACCUACGACGGCGUCGAGCUUCUCGAUGCACUGUGGACGCGCAAGGCCGGAUGGGGCGCCGGAGCCUCGAGUUAUGGCCAAAAUGCACGCGCUACAAAUGGCCGUGGUGGUUUCGAGCGGAAGCCAGUUGGGAGCGGCCCUGCACGAAGGGGUGACGAUAUGGUCUAAGUGAUUCCAUCUAUGCUCACAAGACCUUACGAUUUUCGAAAUUAUACUAUUCAUAUACCUGUUUUACACAUGUACCUAAGGUAAUGUGUUGCACUAUUGGAGAUAUUAAUAAAGUUUGGGGCUAGUUACCUGCAAUACAAAGGUAUAUAAGGUACCUAUCGAGGAGAGUUUAAUAGAUCUACGAUAUCUAAGAUUUGACACAGUCCUUUUUCUGCUAGGCCCCCACGGAUUAUACUUAUAGUGCUGUCUACGUAAACUUAAUUGACGCACCCC